UUGCUCGAAGGAGCGCGAGGAGGCCUUCAGCCGCACUGCACUCAAAGCGCUCACCAAUCGCUCAGCAUCUCGUCACAGGAUUCAGCGUCUCCUCACCGUUUAUUUAUAGGCGUCGCCGCAUCAAAUCUAAUGCUUCGCCGUGGUGAAUAGCGUAGGCGAGGCAGUGAGCGGAAGGGUAACAUUGACAGAGAGAAAAGACGAAAGCCGUAGAAGAAAGGGAAACGUAAGGCGCGUGCUUCAUUGAGACAUGUCAGCCGACGUGGGACGCCAUGCCGUGCGCGUGCUGUGGCUUUCGCUGGCGCUGCUGGCAUGCGGGGUCGUGCCGGAGUCGUCGGAGGCGGCCAGCCUGGCGGACCGCAUCUUCGCCGGUUUCCUGAGCUUCGGCCGAGGCUUCUCCAAUGCCACUCAGGGGUUCGUGGUGCGCGUACGGGGCCUCGUGAGCCGAGUCGGCGGCACGUCGGCCAGUGGCAACAAGGGCGCCGCCGUCAGGGACAUUGACAUCUUCGCCAGCGUGUGCAGUCUCAGCGGCACGAAUCGGCGCCUACUCAUCAAGUGUUUAGAUGAAAACAACGAAAAUCUGCUGAAACCGGACUGGCAGAAUUGCAUCGGAUCUGCAAAAGUUGAAGUGCUGACAGUGGAGGAUCUCUACCACUGGGCUUGUUCCAGGCUGUCUUCGGCAACAGAGGAAUUCCGGAAUACAUCCCAGUGCUUGUUGGAGGGGAUGGAAAUAUCCGAAAUAGCAGCGGGAAUCAAAGAAUGCAAGGGCAGCUCCAGGACGUUCUGACGAGUCGCCAACACGUGGUUUGUUGCGUGGACCACCACGACAGCGCAGUACUCGGUGGAUUUUGCGUGUAAUUCAAUCGCUAUGUCAAACGAAACUUAUCCUCGCAAGCCCCUACGCUGUACCGAACUCACGAUCGCAGUUUUUCUGGAAUGUGCUUUUACUACGUUCCAGCUCCACCAUAAGAUCAUAGUUUUCUGCUUAAGGUAACGAUAAAGUGAGUACGCAAAUAAAGCAUGCAAAGAUGAAUAAAUUGACAUAAAAUUCAUUUUUCUCUUUGGGA